UUUUAUUUUUUAUUUUAUGUAUAAGGUCCCUAAACAUAUCCCCUCUUUGUCUCUCCUUCCGUGCCCGAUCUAAACGAAAAGCUACCAUCGGCAGCUAUGAACAACUCUCUCUCCCUUUGUACCGAGCCAGCACCACUGCAAAGCAUUGACCAACACCAACCUCAACACCACGCGCAACCAUGGCAGCAAGCUUCUGAUCAACUCUCUCUCUCUCUGCAGUGUCGGAUUUGAAAAAUAUAUACAUAUGCAUGGACCAGCUGCUCUUCUUCGGAGGAGCGGACACUCCGUCCCCGUCGGCGUCAGCGUCUGAUGAGGAAGGGUUUUGAAAUUGGGCAUCUAAUGUCAAAGAAGAUUGCGAGCUGAGAGAGAGGUGGGUUCGGGGUCAGAGGGGUUUGGGGAAGAGGAGAGAGAAGAGAAGGGUUUGGGUGUGAGGAGAAGAUUUGUGCAGCAAAAACUUGAAUAUGAAAUUACUAUGGGCUUUGAACUUUCUAUAAAUACCUGGUCUAUGUUUGUGAAUGGGGUUGUUCAUUGGGUUGCAUUUGAUCCAGCAAAGGAGCAUGGUUUUGGGAUCUAGAUUGUGGCAUUUGAUAUGGGCAAUGAGGUGUUUAGGGAGAUCUCUUUGCCAAACUAUCAACCUGACGGGAGGCUUCAUACAAGCACGGCUGUUGCAGUAUUGGAUUGCACAAGUCCUCAAGCAGAUUUGAUAGCAUCAACAGAAGUGGAACCCCAAUCCCUCCUACAGAUGGAUUCCCAGAGGGAAUCAGAGGAAGUGAAAAACCUGAAUCUGUUGCAAGUCAUGGCAAAAGAGAGGAUUGAAUCUAUGGGCUGCAGACAAGCCCCCAAAGUUGCAGGAGCGAGAUUUUUCUGGCACUGCUUAUGUUCCUGUAUAUGUGAUGCUGCCGGUGAGGGGCAGCUGGGUGUCAUCAAUAUGGAUUGUCAGUUGGUUGAUCAAGACAAUCUACUUAACCAGGUAGUAAUGUCAUUUCAUGAAUGUGGAGGCAAUGUUGGGGAUGAUGUUCACAUUCCACUUCCCCAAUGGUUGACCGCAAUUGGUCAAAGAAAUCCUGACAUAUUUUUCACAGACAAAAAAGGAAGACACAACCCUGAAUGUCUCACUUGGGGAAUUGACAAGGAGAGGAUUUUAAGAGGUGGGACUGCUGUUGAGGUGAGACAGUCUUGGAUCUGCAAUCUUUGUCUAAAGUAAAACAGCACCAAGUUUCGUCUGAUGAAAUCCUGGGCUCCAAUUAAGAAAGAAGAAACGAUAUUUAUUUGUCUGUACAGUUAAUAUAGUAACACGUUCUUCUUCAAGUGUUAAGGAUAAUAAUGUUUUGUUUCACGAAUAUGAAUGUAUCGUCUAGAUUUAUUUUGGGUAUAGAAUAAAUCUUGGCAAUACAUUUAAUUUUUUUGUACAUAUUUUUGUUUUUUGUUUUUGUACGCAUAUCAUUAGCACUUUUCUUAUGAUGUCAGUCAGUUAUGGGGAAAUUCUCAUUGCAAGAAAUGAGUUGAUAA